AUGACUGCUUCCUCGACGGCUCUUCUGCAGCAGAUCACAGCUCAGCUCAGCGCUGAGUUCGCCCUCAAGGACUUGGGGGCCCUCCACUACUUCCUCGGCAUCGAGGUCGUCCGCACCGCAACCGGGUUCUUCUUGCAUCAGCAGAAGUAUGCGCAUGAGCAGCUGGAGCGCGCCGGCAUGCUUAACUGCAAGCCCGCUUCCACGCAUGUCGACACGAAGGCCAAGGUAUCCGCCGUUGAGGGCUCUCCGGCGUCCGAUGCUUCCUUCUAUCGCUCCGUCGUUGGUGGUCUUCAGUAUCUCACCUUGACGAGGCCGGAUCUUCAGUACGCUGUUCAGCAGGUGUGCCUUCACAUGCACGCUCCGCGUGACACUCAUUGGGCACUGGUAAAACGGAUCCUCCGCUACAUCCGUGGCACCAUGUCCAUGGGACUCACCCUGACGGCCUCUUCCGACACCAGCCUUGUCGCCUACUCCGACGCCGACUGGGCUGGGUGUCCUGACACGCGCCGCUCUACCUCCGGCUACUGCGUCUACCUUGGUCCGUCCCUGAUAUCGUGGUCGUCUAAACGACAACCCACGGUUUCACGCUCGAGCGCCGAGGCUGAGUACAGGGCUGUGGCUAACGCCGUUGCUGAGUGUUCCUGGCUACGACAGCUUUUACAGGAGCUACACUGCCCGGUUCCGAAGGCCACGAUUGUCUACUGCGACAAUGUCUCCGCGGUGUAUCUCUCUGCUAAUCCCGUACAUCAUCGCAGGAUGAAGCAUAUCGAGCUCGACAUUCACUUCGUCCGGGAGCACGUUGCCCUUGGUCGUGUCCGUGUUCUACACAUUCCCACCGAUCAACAGUUCGCCGAUCAUUUCUCUUUUGCUGAUAAUGACCAUGAUCGACUCUCGCAAGUUCCAAUUAGUAGAUUCAGUAUAAGACACGGUGAACAGAUGCAGCAGAGAGUGGCACCUACAGAUAUGCAUGGCUGUGCAGCUCAAUGCGAGCACAAGGUCGCGCCCACUCUAACUGCUAGUACUGCUGGAGUGCUUGUAGCAGUUGGUCAGAGCAUCCCCACUGGUCUCCUUGAAGAGGUCUCCGAGUGA